AUGGACGAGGAGCAACUUUUACCAGAAUACAUUUUCUCACCAUUAUUAUUAAUUUUGAGAAUUUCUGGUUCUGAUAUUUCCUUUUCCAAAAGAAAAAGAAGAAUGAGCAUUUUAAAAACUUCCGGUGGUGUUGACGAAGUAAAAGUAUUGGCAGAAUUCGGAAUCAUUCUUGCUAUUAGUUCAUUUUUUGCAUAUUUAUUUUACUUAUCGAGUCUUGCCAAUAGGAAAAUUAAUAUAUAUUCAAGAAUAUAUAAUCUUCACUUUCGCCAUAAAAGUAAACCAGACAUCACUAUGUUGUAUAACAUGUUAAGCCAGUUAGAAGAAUCAGAAUUGACAUUUCGUUUUCUCGACUGUUAUCCAAUAACACCAAUAACCACAUUAAAGUGGUUCUGUUUCUUCGUCACUCAAGUUUACGUUGUGAAAACUGUAUACGAGAGCUACGCGAGAAAUUCUUUACUCAGUUUGAGUAAAUUGUUGAAUCUCACCAAGUCGCAGACGACCCAAGUUGUUGGUAUCAUCCGGCUUCAGAAUCUAAAAGAUCUCGACACAGAUUCAGAUUGGUACUUCAUGUCGGGAAGCGGAAACUCUAUAUCGCCAUUAUACAGAGAAUGUCGUUGUCCAAGUGGUUUGACAGGAAGCGGAGUUGGACCAAAUGGUUGCAUAACUGCUACUGGUACAGCUUGUGAAGCUAAUCCAUGUUUACACGGAAGUUGUCAAGUUAGCGGAAAUAAUUAUAUAUGUAUAUGCUCUCCUGGCUAUACAGGAACUUUAUGUGAGACUCCUACAAAUCCAUGUGACAGUAAUCCAUGUAGGAAUGGAGGCACUUGUAUAAAUCAGCAAACUUCGUUUACCUGUCAAUGCUCAAGCGAGUGGCAAGGAUCGUUAUGUGAAGAAGCUUCACAGAGUUGUGGAGGAACUUUUCAUCAAGAAAUUGGAAGUAUUCUGUAUCCAACUGGUCCUCUGGAUGAAUAUCCACAUUCAAAAGAUUGUAUUUGGAGAUUAUCUACAAUACCAGGAAAAGUUUUUAAUGUGACAUUUAACAGAUUUAAUAUUGAAUACUCACCAGAUUGUUCUUAUGAUUUCUUACAAAUAAAUGAUGGUCCUUCUGCAAUUGACAAUGUUAUAGGCAGAUUCUGUGGUAAUGUUGCACCAAAAAAUGGAAAUAUAAUAAGUACACAUAAUUUUCUCUACAUGCAAUUUCAUUCAGAUCGUGAUGUAUCAGCUGAUGGUUUUAAUUUAACUUGGACUACUACUGAUCCAGUUUACUAUUAUUACAUAAAGGUUUUUAAUGUGACAUUUAACAGAUUUAAUAUUGAAUACUCACCAGAUUGUUCUUAUGAUUUCUUACAAAUAAAUGAUGGUCCUUCUGCAAUUGACAAUGCUAUAGGCAGAUUCUGUGGUAAUGUUGCACCAAAAAAUGGAAAUAUAAUAAGUACGCAUAAUUUUCUCUACAUGCUAUUUCAUUCAGAUGGUGAUACAGCAGCUGAUGGUUUUAAUUUAACUUGGACAACUACUGAUCCAGUUUGUGGAAAAAUCUUUGAAGAAGUAACUCAUGGAGCUGUAUCUUCACCUGGUUAUCCUGGAAAUUACCCACAUGACAGAGAUUGUUAUUGGGAACUCAGAGUACCAUUGGGAAAGCGCAUGUUAAUUGUUUUUACAGAAUUUAAAUUGGAGCAUCAUGAAAAUUGUUCCUUUGAUUAUCUAAAAAUAUAUGAUGGGUUAUCAGAUUCUGAUCCAGAAUUGGAAAAAUUAUGUACAACACUUACUCCAGCUCCUGUAAAAACAUCUGGGCCUCAUGCACUAUUAUAUUUUCACACUGAUGAGACUUUAAGUGAUAAAGGUUUUCAACUAGCUUAUACUGCUGUUGCUGGAUCACCUGGAUGUGGUGGUUUAUUUACUACGUAUGAAGGUUACAUUAAUUCUCCUAAUUUUCCAAAUGAAUAUGAUAAUUCUAUUGAUUGUGAUUGGUUGAUUAGACUACAACCACAGGAUCGAAUUGAACUAGAAUUUCUCACUUUUGAUUUAGAACAUCAUUAUUCUUGUGAAUAUGAUCAUGUAGAGAUAUAUGAUGGAGAAGAUGAAACUGCAAAUUUACUUGCAAGAUACUGCAGUAAUAAUAUACCUUUACCAGUAGUAUCAUCAUCCAAUAAAUUAUUUAUUAGAUUUCACACUGAUGGUUCUUAUACAGAUAAAGGAUUUCGAAUACAUUAUAUUACUGCUUGUGGUGGGGAAUAUACAUCAUUAUCUGGAAUAGUUCAUUCUCCUAAUUAUCCUAAUCAAUAUCCAGGAAACAGAACUUGUAUAUUUACUAUUAAGGUACCACUUGCAUACAUGAUUGAAGCACAGUUUUCAUUUCUUGAUAUAGAAGAUCACUAUGAUUGUAUGUAUGAUUACUUAGAAGUGACUUGUGGUGGGGAAUAUACAUCAUUAUCUGGAAUAGUUCAUUCUCCUAAUUAUCCUAAUCAAUAUCCAGGAAACAGAACUUGUAUAUUUACUAUUAAGGUACCACUUGCAUACAUGAUUGAAGCACAGUUUUCAUUUCUUGAUAUAGAAGAUCACUAUGAUUGUAUGUAUGAUUACUUAGAAAUCAAANAAAAAUUCUGUGGCACUCUUCUUCCAGAACCAAUUUAUUCUACACACAAUCAGCUGUGGAUGAAAUUUGUUACUGAUGAAAGUGUCCAUAAUCACGGAUUUUUAUUAAACUAUACAUCUCUAAAUAUUGGUCUAAUGCAUGGUAGAGACAAAGCGAUUUUGUCUUUUGCUCAGGCGGUUCAGUUUUUCUGCUAUUGUGGCAACCAAGUACCACCUAUAUUGACUAGUACUGGAAAUGAAUUGCAUAUAAAAUUUAAAUCCAGUGAUUCGUAUUCCAGUAAUGGAUUUUCUGCAUCUUAUGCAACUUCAAAUGCUACUACAGCUUGUGGAGGAAACUUUUAUACUGAAAGUGGAUUUGUGAAAAGUCCAGGUUAUCCUCAAAGAUAUCCUAAAAACAAAGAUUGUACUUGGAAAUUGCAUACAGCAAAUGGUCAUCAAAUAUCAGUAAAUUUUACUGCAUUUAAUUUAGAACAGACUUCCCAAUGUACAUAUGAUUAUGUUGAAUUAAGAAAUGGUGGUUAUGAAUCAUCACCCUUAAUAGGAAAAUAUUGUGGAACUACAGCUCCAUCAUAUUUUGUAUCACAUAGUAAUCGGUUAUGGGUCCAUUUCCAUUCUGAUUCAUCAGUAGCAGGAACUGGUUUUAAUUUUAUUUAUACAGGCACUAUUAAAGGUAAGAAUAUUCUAAAUGGUGGUUAUGAAUCAUCACCCUUAAUAGGAAAAUAUUGUGGAACUACAGCUCCAUCAUAUUUUGUAUCACAUAGUAAUCGGUUAUGGGUCCAUUUCCAUUCUGAUUCAUCAGUAGAAGGAACUGGUUUUAAUUUUAUUUAUACAGGCACUAUUAAAGGUUGUGGUGGAACUAUUACAAGUCCUAGAGGAACUCUUGCAUCACCUAAUUAUCCUCAACCUUAUGGACGUGAGGCUGAUUGUAAAUGGAUAAUUAAAGUUGCUGAAGCAUCAAAAAUAGAAAUAAGAAUUAUAGAUCUGGAUAUUGAAGAACAUCAUCAAUGUACAAAUGAUUUUCUGCAGAUAUUUGAUGGAGAUUCAGAAGGAGCAACUUCUUUGUAUAAGAUUUGCAAUGGAGUUGAUUAUCCUCAUAUAAUUCUUUCUUCAAAAAAUAAAUUAUAUAUAAAAUUUCGUACAGAUGUAUCAGAAAGUGGACGUGGUUUUAAGUUUGAUUAUAAAACAAAUUGCCACAAUACAUUAACAGGACAUAGAGGAGUAAUUGAAAGUCCUAAUUUUCCAAGUCCUUAUCCUCAUAAUUAUAACUGUAGUUGGACAAUUGAAGCCCCACUAGGAAAUAAUGUUUCUAUUGCUUUUUCACAUUUAAUAUUAGAAUCACAUACUGAUUGUCAUUUUGACUAUGUAGAGAUUUUAGAAAAAUUGCGUGAUGAUACUGAGGUACAAAUUCAGAAAUACUGUGGAUUAUUUACGACUUUACCUUCAUUAACAUCAUCAUCACAUAUAGCUAUUGUACGAUUUAAAAGUGAUCAUAGUAUUUCUUAUGAUGGAUUUCGACUAGAGUGGAAAGUUGAAGGUUGUGGUGGUGAACUUACCAGGUGGUCAGAUACUAUUACAACUCCAAAUUAUCCUGCUUAUUAUCCUUUAAAUAUUUCAUGCAUAUGGUAUAUAUCUGUACCUAUAGAUAAAAGAAUUUCAAUCCAAAUACAACACCUUGAGUUAGAAGGAGCACAUGAUUGCCUUUAUGAUUACCUAAAGAUAUAUGGUGGUAGUGAUUUAUCUGCACCACUCUUGUUACAACUAUGUGAUACUCAAAAUAAUAAAACCAUUCAUUCUCAAGGCAAUCAUAUGACUUUACACUUUUCUAGUGAUUAUACUAUUAAUGGCAAAGGAUUUAUUGCCCAUUAUCAAGCAAUUGAUGGUGGUUGUGGUGGUUUAUAUAAAGCAUCUUCUGGGAAUAUAGUUUCGCCAAAUUAUCCUCAAAAUUACGAUGUUUCUGAUGAUUGUUCAUGGUUAAUAGAAGUUGACAAAAACUAUUUGAUUGAAUUUACUUUUACAGAGUUUAAUAUGCCAUCAAGCACAAAUUGUUCAGGAAGUUACUUAGCUAUUUUUGAUGGUGCUUCUGAAGAGAGUCCAUUGUUGCUGAAGUAUUGUGAUCAGAGAGCACCAGAAAUAAACUCUUAUAGAACUACUUCUAAUCAAAUGUAUUUACGAAUGAAGGCUGAUGGAUCACAAACUGGAAAAGGAUUCAAUAUUAAUUAUAAAACAGUUUGUGGAGCCAAAUUACUUGCUGAUAAUGGAGGAGAAAUAAUGACACCGAAUUAUCCUCAUGAAUCAGUAGAUUUGUUUCAUUGUUCAUGGACAUUGUAUGCCUCAGAUUUAGGUAUUUGUGGAGCCAAAUUACUUGCUGAUAAUGGAGGAGAAAUAAUGACACCGAAUUAUCCUCAUGAAUCAGUAGAUUUGUUUCAUUGUUCAUGGACAUUGUAUGCCUCAGAUUUAGAUGACUUAAUUUUUAACAACGAAAAUGCAGAAGCAUUUGUGUUAGAAGAAAAAGAUUUUUCAGUAUGCGGAGGUACUCUAUUAUCAGAAAGUGGUGUAUUUGGAAGUCCUAAUUAUCCUGAUAGCUACCCAAUUAAUUCAGAAUGUGUUUGGCAAAUAACAGCUUCUCCAGGAAAUAGAGUUCAGUUAUCAUUUAGUGUUUUCAAUAUAGAAGAAGAAAGUGAAUUUUGCAUUAAUGAUUAUCUAGAAAUUCGUAACGGAAAUAUCUCAGGCAGUCUUAUAAAAAGAUAUUGUGGGAAUGAAUUACCGACUGCUCUUACAGGAGAACAUGAAUCUUUGUGGAUAAAAUUUCGCUCUGAUGAUCAAGGCACUGCUUCUGGAUUUUUGGCAAAUUAUGAUUUAAUUCAUGGAAUUACUAUUAUUAACGAAACUGAAGGCAAUAUUGCAUCUCCAGGAUAUCCUCAUUUCUUUAAUAGGGAAGCUGUAUUUAAAUGGACAAUAAUAGUUCCACAAUCUAUGUAUAUCAAAAUUGAAUUUUCAGAAAUAAAUUCAGGAGGAGCAAGUGAUAGUUGUAAUUCAUAUGUUCAGGUAUUAAAUGGAAUGAAUGAAUAUGCCUCAGAAAUGGGAAAAUAUUGCAGUCCUACAUUGCCUGAACCAAUUGUUACUACAAUAAAUGCUGCUACUAUAGUAUUUUCAUCAAGUUGGUAUACUAGUAUGUAUUGGUUUUUGCAUUGGACGGCAACUACUGAAACCAAUUUUCCGUCUACCUAUGGUGUUUCAUCAUCUUGUUGGAGUGAUUCAUAUAUCAAUGCAUCAUCAUCUAUUAAUUUCACUUCUCCUAAUUAUCCAGAUGGAUAUGGAAAUAACCGAAAUUGUACAUGGAUAUUACGCACUGAUGUGCAUCGUCAUAUAAAAUUAAAUAUUUUAGAUUUUAAAAUUGAAGGAUAUACCAGUUGUUAUUAUGAUUUUUUCACUGUUUAUUUUGCUGAAAAUUCACAAUUGGACACAUGGAAACAAGCUGGUGUUUAUUGUGGCCGCAAAGAUCCAUUUGAGAUACAUUCACCAUCUAAUAUAAUGAAAAUUACAUUUACAUCUGAUGAGUUUUAUAAUGAUGUAAGAGGAUUCAAAGCAGAAGCAUCUUCUGUUUUAGCUGAAAAUUCACAAUUGGACACAUGGAAACAAGCUGGUGUUUAUUGUGGCCGCAAAGAUCCAUUUGAGAUACAUUCACCAUCUAAUAUAAUGAAAAUUACAUUUACAUCUGAUGAGUUUUAUAAUGAUGUAAGAGGAUUCAAAGCAGAAGCAUCUUCUGAAUGUGGGGGAAAUAUAUUUGCUUCCAGAGGAAUAUUAAAUAUAUCUGAUGCAUAUCCACAGUAUGGAAGACCUCCAUGCAAUUGGACAAUCACUGUUCAAAAUGGUCAUACUAUUAAGAUUACAUUUGAACAAUUGAAUAUUCCAGAUGAUGAUUUAUGUAGCACACAGUAUAUUCUGAUAAGAAAUGGUGGUAGUUCAGACUCUCCUAUACUUGGUAAUGGAAAGAUUUGCCAUUCAGAUAUUCCAGAUAUUCCUGAAAGUUCUUCAAAUCAAGUUUACAUUACACUUGUUAGUAGAGAGUCAUUUUCAAGGCUUCAAGUAACUCCAAUGUUUAAAUUACGUUAUGAAGAAGUAUCUUAUCAAUGUGGUGGUCAAUUAUACAUCACUGAUGAAAACCCAUUAGUACAAAUUUCAUCACCUAAUUAUCCAAAUCCAGCUCCACAUAAUGUAGAAUGUGACUGGAAUGUUUUAGCUCCUGCUAAUACAAGAAUACGCUUUGAUUUCAAAGGAAAAUUUGAUAUUGCAAGGGGAUGUCAUUUUGAAAAUAGAACAGAAUUUCUUAUGAUUAGAGAUGGAGGAACAAUGCAUUCUCCUGUUCUAGGAAUUUAUUGUGGAAAUUAUUUACCAGAAACAGUAUAUGCUACUGGUAACAUAAUUUUUGUUCGUUAUGUUACAUCUGGUGAACAUCCACAUUCUGGUUUUAGUGCAGAAAUUCACACUGCUGAAUGUGGAGGAUUACUUUAUGGACGUAAUAUCUCUAUAACAUCACCAAAUUUUCCACAAAAUUAUAGUAAUAGUCAAACUUGUGAAUGGAAUGUUUACAUAUGGGAAUGGAGAAUAUUAAAAUAUCGUUUUGAUGUUUUAGAUCUUGCAGAUACAUCAUGCAAUAAGGAUUUUGUUGAAGUCAAAGAAGAAAAUUCAACAGGAUAUCUUUUGGGUACUUAUUGUGGUAGGUCCAAUACUUCAAUUGAACAUGGCUCACAGAGUAAUAAAGCAUAUAUAAAAUUUCAAACUGAUGCAACUGCAACUGCAACUGGUUUUAAGAUAUCAUUUUGGAAUGAAAUACCUGCAUGUGGUGGAGAAUUGGAUUUACCAACAAGUGUCAUUACUUCCCCCAAUUUUCCUCAUGCUUUAUCAUUCAGAAGAUAUUGCCGAUGGAUAAUUUCUGUAGAAGAAAACAGAAGGAUAACUUUUACUUUCACACAUUUUAAUCUGAAAAAGGAUGCUAUCAAUGGCACUUGUUUAAGUGGAUUAAGAGUAAAUAUAUAG